UCCUCUCCGGCUUAUCCGCUUCAUUUCCCUCUCUUCCCGCCUCUCCUCCUCCUCCUCCCUCGCCGCCGGCGAUGCCUCCCCCGGCGGGGCUGCUCCCUUGGCCGGCGCCGUCCGCCACGCGCCUUGCCACCCCGACCCGGACCCGCCCUCCUCCCCGCACUCGCGUUCGCCCUCCACCCCCACCCGCUCCCGCUCCUCCUACUAAACCUCCCGCUCCCGCUCCCCCGCCGCCGCCUCGUCUCGAGCCCGUCGCGCGGAGCCCAGCCGCCGCCACCGCGACGCUGCCUCCCAUCACCACGUCUGCCUUAUCCCCCUCCUCCGCGACGUGCCUCGAAUGCGUCCACUUCAACUCGUGUUCCGGAUGCACGCAUGAGGUGGAUUUGGACAAGCCUGCGGUGUUGCAGGAGGUGGAGAAUUUCUUCAAUGGACACGGAGUAGGAGAUUUCACCUUCAGCAGAGGCAGGCUGAGGGAAUGGCGGUGCCGUGCAAAGCUAGCUAUACGUGGAACACCAGAGAGCCCAUUGAUUGGCUUAUAUCAGGAAGGAACACACACUGUUGCAGAUAUUCCAGAGUGCAGAGCUCAUCACCCAAGCAUCAAUGCUACCAUCAAGCUUCUAAGACAAGGUAUAUCUGAGUUGAAUAUUCAGCCAUUUGAUGAAGAUGCAGGUACUGGCGAACUGAGAUAUGUGCAGAUGGCUGUGACAACAUAUAACACAUCUAUUCCAGUUGCAAAAAGAUAUGAGCAAGGAAGAGUCCAGGUUUCACUGGUUUGGAAUUCAAGGGACGAGCACUCCCAAAAUUCAGAGAAGUUGAGUUUAUUGUCAGAAUUUUUAUGGAGAAAUGGAGGAGCGAAAGGUACUGUGCAUCUGAUUCACUCUAUAUGGGCCAAUUUUCAGACAACAGCCAGCAACAUAAUUUUUGGGCAUAAAUGGAGACAUCUCAUUGGGGAGAAAGACUUAUGGGAGCGUUAUGGAGGAGUUGAUAUUUCUCUGGAUCCUUAUAGCUUUGGGCAGGCUAAUACUUUGUCUUUUAACGCAUUACUGCAUAAGUUGCACAAAUAUGUACCACGUGGAUCAACAGUUGUUGACUUGUAUUCUGGUGCUGGUGUUAUUGGACUAUCCCUUGCUGCUUCGAAGAAAUGUAGGUCUGUGAAAUGUGUUGAAAUAAACAAAUUGUCAAAAAUGUCUUUUGAAAAGUCAGCAAGCCGACUUCCGCCAAACCUUGGCUGUACUAUAACCUGGCACAACACCGAUGCUUCCGUCGAACCUGUUCAUUGGCUCAAAGGGUCAAGUGUUGUUAUCGUGGAUCCACCCAGGAAAGGAUUGCACCCUUCUGUUAUCUGUGCUUUACAGAAAGUUGCUUUGUCUGAGCGCAAGUCAUAUAAGGCGAAAAGUUCACCUACGAAGGUCAACGAUGAGAAGAGACCCUGGAUCUUGAGAGCAAGAGAGGCAGCUGUUCAAGUUGAUAGUACACCAUUGGAAGAAAGUAGUGGAACAUGGCCAGAAACUCUUAUAUACAUUAGCUGUGGAUGGGAUAGUUUUAAGAAGGACUGCAAAAGCUUGAUGUCCAGUAAGGCCUGGCAUUUGCAGGAUGCUCAUGCUUUUAAUUUCUUCCCUGGCACUGAUAGCAUCGAAGUUUUGGCAAUCUUCAAACGAGAAUCUGAGGCUGAUCAAAAGAAAAGGAAGAAAGCUAAGAAGAAGAAAGCCAAGUAGACCCUCGAAAAGCUAAUCCAACAGAAACAAUUUUGCUAGACAUUUGGAAGGCUGGACAUGGCUAGAUCUGGUAGACUUUUACUUGAGUUCUGCGGAAUUUCACAUCCGCCCAACCAGGCAUCUAGAAGAUUCAGGGAUUUACCCGUGAGGAGCUUUAGAUGGGAUACCUCGAGGAGACGUAGCGUGUAGCCGUAUAACAUUCCUUUGGAUUUGAGCCUGUUAUCAUGUUCAGAAGCGCAGAUCACUGUACAUAUGCGUUCAUCUUAUUGUUGGUGCUUGUUACAAACACGGGUGCAUCGCGAGAAUUGCCACGGCACAAGGAAACAUUGUAUAAGGACCAAAAAAAAAAAAGCAUCGUUAACAGUUCAGGCCAUUGCAUGGUGAAAGGACAAAUAAAUGAAUGAGCUUCUCUUUGCAAA